GUUUUUCUUGGAACUUUUUCGUGAAUAUGGAAAACAACAAUGAACGAGAUCAUCUCAACAAGUUGUUAUCCGAUGCAGCGAUCCUAGUAGCAGCUGAACGAGAAAACUCUGAAGAAUCUCAAGCACAACAAAAGAAAACACUCGAAGAACAGCUUUCCUUGCGACUAUUACGAUUAGCCGUCUCUAAAGAACAAAAGAACAACGACGAUCCAGAAACCAUCGCUGCGACGCCAGUGGUAGCAGAUCCAGGCAAUGAAAAACGUGAAUUCGUACAAAAGUGCCUAGAUCUACUCGUUGCGAUUCAAGCAUCGCUUUUGUCAGUUAUUGAAGACGAACAAGAACAUACAGAACGCGAGUAUAUUGGCGUACGCGAUCUACGACUUGUUCAUACUCUGCUGCAAGUAAUCAUAUCUUGGGGAAUGUAUCCAUACUUUCAACCGGGAGUUGGCGUCCCACUAUCAAAACGAGUCAAAUCCGGCUACACCAACCAUGAGCUAGUGACACAGGAAGACCAAUCAAAAACUUCAUCAUCAGCAGCAUCUACAAAAGAAGGUAUCACUCAACUACUACAAACGACCAGUGCAUUAGUCGAUUUGGUAGCAAGGACACAAAAAGUACCAGCAAGCAAAACCUAUACCACCGUGGGAUCGAUUUUGUUGUCACGUCAUUUACCAGAUCUGUUUGCUGGAUUAUUGCAAUUGGCAUAUGCUCCUGCGCCUAAACCUCGUAACACCAAAUUAACACCGGCUAAUAUACCCAAUGAUCCAUCCAUGUUUUUGGCUUCUCAGGCCCAAUACAACAAUGUAUUGACUCGCGCUGAACGUGAUAAAUGUGCUCGUAUGUUUGCAUGGCUAUUUGAAAGGGCAGAUGUGCAUCGCUGCAUGGAAUCUCUAAUGUUGCUUUUGGGUACUUCUCCACUGCAUCCAGUGCCUGCCUGGCUACGCAGUAUAUGUGGUCGGUUUCUCUCUAAGAUACUUUUGCGCCCUAAUGGCGUGGCUACCGUUAUUGAGUUUACUGUCGGCGAUGUAGACGAUGUAUCCUUGGAUCAGCUCGAAAAAGUCUCAAAACUCAUUCUCGCUGUACCUCAGCAAAUGCCUUCUGUCGAGAGCUAUUAUACUGUCAUUGCACCACAAUUCCUUACUUUGCUGAGAGAAAGUGUCAGUAGCCCCAAACCACAUCUAUCCACGCGUCAAGUUGUCACAUUCAUCAUUGGACGGAUGAUUUCCUCACACACAAGUUUGUCAAAGAAGCUCAUUGUCGACAACGUUACUGGACCACUUGCGAAUAGCUGGGAUCAAGUCGAGGAAGACAUGGAGGACGACGAAGAUAUUGAAGCAAUGUCAGAAGAAGGUGUUCAAGAACUCUUAAAGAUCCUGCAUCAAAUGAUGGUUGGUGGCGAGCCAUCACCCGUUGUGAUCCAUACAUUUUUAAAUGAUGCUGUUGUACCGCUUUACCAUCUGUACGAUUUCGCCAUCAAGUCCAAAUCCGGUCUGCGCGAGACCGUUCUAGAUAUCCUUGUCACUUAUUUCCGUAUCAUGUCACCGGGCGAGAUUCUGCGUGAUCUGAAAACGAUUGUGCUAUCCAAGAGGGAUUUAGCUGGUGCGCGACAAGCCUAUUUCGCAGCAGGACCGUCGGGUGGUGUUGUUCUUCGUAUGAGCAAAGCACUGCGACCGCUGGCCGGCAAUCAGCUUCCAAUUGAUCCAGCAGUGAUGAUAGAAUUUAUCCAAAAGACAAACAGCCCAGAUCUUUGUGGCGAUUUCUUUCUAUUCCUGCUCAACGAGUAUACCAGUCUGCAAACAUUAUCUGCUGAUCCAAGAUUGAUGCUAUUGAUAUUACAAUUGAUCGUGGGUAUGCAGGAUUCGCUAGGAACUGAAAUUCUUUCGAAACCCGAACAGAUCCUGGCAUUUGCGAACAAUGUCGUCACGGACUAUGCCGAUCGUCUUGAAGAAGCCAAAAAUCAUUACACAAACAGCAAUAACAGCGCAAAAAACUUAUCCAGUGCUACAGCAACAGUAGAUAUCACCAGUAUAGUAUCGGAUGAGGAUCGACAAUUCAUGGACAAUAUACCCACCGAAGAAGACAUUGAAAAUGACUUAGAGUCAUUAAUCAUGUCUAUCAAUUUAUUACGGGCAGUUAUGCAUGAAAACGAAGAGCUAUCACCACGAUCAAGCCAACUACUAGAAAGUUCGAUUGCUCCGUUAAAACAACUCGAAUCAUACAAGAUCCAUGAACUCCAGGAACCGGUUCACGAAGUGUUGCUGGCCAUCACCUCGUACAUUUCGGCACAGAAAAUGACUGGUAGAAGCAAAAAAGGCAAAGGCACCGCUGACCAAGAAGAAUCAGAGCAAAAGUUCCUGGAUGCUAUGCGAGCGUUACAGGAUGAUCUCUUGCCCGUGCGUGCACAUGGUAUUGGUAUCCUACGUGACCUAGUUCUUGCUAAAGAUCCACUUGUGUCCUCUGGACCAGCACUCGACAAUCUGCUCGAUAUUUUUGUGCGGUUAAUACAGGAUGAGGACAGUUACAUCUACCUAAAUGCGAUCAAGGGCCUGUCUGCCCUUACGGAUAUCCAUGGCAACAAGAUCAUUGAGAAGCUGGGAGCGACUUAUGCUGACGAGAAAGAAAGUUUGGAUAACCGGUUACGGGUUGGUGAAGCGCUCCUGCAGACAGUACAACGAUCUGGAGAUGCAUUGAGCUUAUAUGGUAAGCGGUAACAUUUGAUUUUGGAAAAUUGUCAUAGUAACGCGAUCCGUGGUAGAGCAUUAAACUC